AUGAAGAAGUCGUUAACGUUAAGUGUAAUAACUCUAUAUAANGAAAACAAAAUUGAAUCCAUGGAACGCCGCCAAAUAUCAAAUGAUAUUAUCAUUGAUGGAAUACCUGAAAAUAAAACAGAAGAUUGCACUCAAUUAGUCCACCAAAUAUGUAAAGAAUUAAAUUCAAAUAUAAACGUGUCAAUGAUAAAUGAUUGUCACAGAAUCGGUUUUAACCGUAACAACGCACGUCCCAGAAGAAUUAUAGUUAAAUUCAUAAAUCACCAAGAUAAAAUAAAUACACUUAAAGCUCGCCAAAUAAAAAGAAACUUUUCUACUAAGGACAUUAACUUACAGCCUGAUAUGCCUAUCUACAUAAGAGAAAAUUUAACUACAAAAGGUAGCAAGCUAUUCAAAGAAGCAAGAGACAUCAAAAAAUCACUCAACUUUCAAUUCGUCUGGACGAAAAAUGGUCUUGUUUUCCUACGAAAAAACGAAACGGAUAAAAUCAUACGUGUUGACAAUGAGGAAGUAAUUUUGAAAUUAAAAUCACAGUAUGAUCAUUUAAACUCAACAAACCUAAAUUCGUAAAUAUAAAAUUUAUAUACUCAUUACUUUUAUACCUAUAUUUAGUUUAUAUAAUUUAUCAUACACACAUAUUACCUCGUCUUUAUACAAAUUUAAUACUACAUUUCAACUUUAUACAUAAUAUUAUCUUAUACAAUUAUUAUUUCUAUGUUAAA